ACAAGGUUUGUUGAUCUGUGACAGUAGAUUGCUAAAGAUCCCACUUACUGUCGGCACUCUGAGGUCGGCACCAUUGAUGUUUGUUGCCCCGAUUUGUUCACUGUGCAACCCAGGUCAUCCUUGGACACAGAAUAUCCAAAACACACUUGAAACUCUUCACUUAUUUAACCAUCAGUUCUACUAACCUUGACAUAGGCACUGUCACUGUAAAUGAAGACAUCUCACGGGUGACAAUCGACACUGACAGAUGUAAGGUAAACAAAAGUGUUUAUUUAUUAUGGUGUUGUGUUAGAUUGGCAUUAAAAAUAAUAGUGUGAAAUUAAUAAAGAAUGCCUUUGCCUGCUGCCUUAGCAGCUAAAUUAUCUAAACGAGGACUAAUUACCUCCAAAAACAAACUUACAGAACCAACAAAGAAACAAGAUUUCAAAGGCUUAUCAACAUGUCCGAAUAAAUCCAAUGUAUAUCAUGAGUGCAACUACUGGUGUGAAAGGCAUUGGAAAGGAGUGCCAACACCUGACCCUAAGUAUUUCAGAAAUAUGCAAAAACUUUUGGGAAAGUUUCCUCUCCCAAUGAAUUGGACAGAAAUUUUUGAUAAGGGAUCUGGAAGAUAUUAUUACUGGAACAUGGAAAAUGAUUUGGUAUCAUGGCUCCCUCCCAAACAUCCAAAAUCCGUGAAAUGCCAAAGCGCUGCCAAACUUCGAGAAAACCGCCUGAAAAUGAGAGAAAGAGAGGAACGUCUAGAAAAAGAGAAAGAUAGUGAAAAGCAAAAAGAGAAAGAUCGAGAGCGAGAUCGAGAUUCCGACGACGAAGAUAGAAAUAGUCGUAGUAAAAACUCCGACAGAAGGGAGAGGGACAAGGAUCGGGAAAGAGACAGGGAUGACAAGCGACAUAGAAGGGAUGACAGGUACAGAGGGAGGAAGCCUACGAAAAAAGACGAAAUUGAUCCCAUGGACCCUGCGGCAUACUCAGAUAUUCCAAUAGGCAACUGGAGUGAUGGAUUAGAGACUAAUAAAACGAGAGCUGAUAAUACAGCUUCAGGAGUGUUGUUUCAGCAAAGGCCUUAUCCUAGUCCUGGAGAAGUUUUGGCUGCCAAUAAAGAGAAACCAAAAAAAUAAUUGCAAUAAGUGUAAAGUGAAUAAUAAAUUCAUCAAAAAUAA